GACAGAAAUGGCCACGCCACCUCCGCAUUGAGACGGACAAUUGCUGGAGGGAAAACAAAAACCAAUACCUUAUGUGUUUGACCUCCCUUCUGGUGAAAUUCGGGAUUUUCGAAGAUGUCGAAGUGGGGUUCAUGCUCGUUGGCCACACGCAUACCGACAUAGACGCGACUUUGAGUGUUUUCUCGAAAAAACUGAAGGACAACGAUGCUUACACCAUGAAGCAGUUGUUCUCGCUUAUCGAAUCGUCGCACAAGAUACCGCCGAAGUGCAUUGAGCUCGAUCACAUUGCCGAUUGGCGUCAGGUAGUGGGUCGAUACGUCGAUAGAACCAUCGUCGGCGUAUCGAAACCGCACAUCUUCAAAUUCUUCAUGCGUGACGGCAGUCCCGUCAUGGUGUACAAGAAGUACUGUACCGAUGCGGAAUGGAUGUCGGAAGGCAGACCAGUUCACUGGUUCCCGGUUGUCGAUGGCCAGUAUGUAGGCCCUACCUCCCCUUCACAACCAUGUGUUAUUCCCCGUGUCGUUAAAGACGAUUUUCGGAUGGCUCGUGACAGUGUCCAAAAAUUUGUGGACGUCCUCGAACAGCAUAGACACAUGUGGCAGACAUAUAGGAAGGAGGAGGUCGAGAAGCGGGAGGAUGCUUUGUCCUACUGGAAAGCCAUCUUCGUCGAGGUGGACGACAUAAUCCAAAAGCAAAAGAAGAAGGAGACGGAAGAGGGUGAAGAAGAGGAUGUCCUCGGGGCGGACAAGCCGGAGAUCUACCCUCACACCUUCUGGCCACAAUCAUUCGAAACUGUGGAGGAAGUUCAAGAAGCCAACCCUCCUUCGCCAGAUGCUUCGCUUAUAUAUGUAAGACCGAGGGCGGGCCGUCCAAAAGUGGACUUCGACCCUCGGCGCCAUAUAAACCAAGGUGAUUUUCUGAUUGUUAGGCCCCCUGAUGAGGAACUGUCUCAAGGUGUGUUGUUCUGGGUUGGCAGAGCACAGUCUAAGGUUGUGGACGACCGUUCCUCACCGCAUUUCGGUUGUUUACGUAUACAGUGGAUGCAUGACGACGACACACCAUCGUUCGACGUUGUAUAUGAGACAACGUCCUACGAAACCUCGUCGUACGCGAGCGAGUAUUCCUUUUCGAUCGAGAAUGUGGACACAAAUCUUAUCAUCAUGAACGAAUGCAUUUGGGCACAACAAACGCUCACUCUUGACAGCGAUUAUCUGCAUAUCGAAGCUGGGGUUGACCUCGACGGUUACAUUGCACCCGAAACACGUGUUGUUGAUGGACAAACUACAAUAGUUCGUGAUAGAGGAUCAAAUAUGUGGUACCUCUACUGGAGUUUAGAAGAAGUCCAACGUUUGGAAGUUCCAUCCAGUGAGGAGCAGAAGAUGGAUGUCGAGGAUAUGGUAGAUGACUGGGAGUCGCUGCGCUUCGAACAAGAGUGGGGUUGUAUGGACGAGCAGCAUGCUAAACUUUGCGCAUGGUACUACAUCGGGAAGCCGCAGUUGCGUUUUCCUGUGAUCAUAGACUACCAUGGCCGAGUUCGUCUGUUCAACCGUGACACCCCUGUGCUGACUCUUUUCACGGCGGCCAAGCUUUGUGGGAGCGUAAUGUCGUCGAGACCUUCGACAAGCGUCAACAUGAGUCCCGAGACGCACAUGCGCUUGAGUCCCGAGAAGCACAUGCGCUUGGCAAAAUCGUUUUCACCUUGUGCGACAUCGGUGCAGGAUCAUGAUAAUCAAGCGUGGAUCGACGAAACAGCCAAGGAGGACUUAGACGAGGACCCAUGGAUGUCCGUCAAACUGUACAUGAACCAGCAUCUCGACGAAUGGAACGACAAUGAUUGGAAGGCGAUGGAGUAUGCCUGCCCUUGGGCAAGCCAUUACAAGUUUGCCAACAUGUUAGAGUUCGGGAGCCUCAUUGCACUUCUUGAUGGUGUCCUCCAGCGAAAGACCCUGGACGAUAAGGGUAAACCGAUCCGCUACCGUACCAGCUUCAAAUGUCGCCUCGGCUGCGAGUACAUCAGAUCUUCGCCACGAACUUGGGGAAAUUCGCAGAAGCAAGAGUUGGUGGACUGCGCUCGUCAUUGUUCAUUCUUGGAACACUACCCACCCCGUUGCCCAGGGACUUCUCCACAAGCUCUAUCGUACAGUUGUGUGCGGUUGACGGAUGACGGAUGUCCUUUCGCCAGAGUGCUAUGUGUGGCUUCUUCAAGCAAAAGUAGGAAACUUGUGGAUGCGGUUGUGUUUGUGUCGCGCAACGAGAUGGUGCUUCAGGGAUCCAAGUUCAAGGCGGUCAUGUCUCGCCCAGAUGUAGAUGGGCGGUCAGACUUGGUGAGAGUAGGUCAGUUGACUGAUGACGGGUGUCCUUUCGCGAGAGUGCUAUGUGUGGCUUCUUCAAACAAAAGUAGAAAACUCGUGGAUGCAGUUAUGCUUGUGGCACGGAACGAGAUGGUACUUCAAGGAUCUAAGUUCAAGCCCGUGAUAUCUCCCCCUGAUGUAGAUGGGCGGUCAGAUUUCGUGAGAGCAGGUCGGGUCAGAUGUUUAUCAUUGUGGCAUGAGGUGGAAAAGAAAGCGUCCGACAUAUGAGAUUGUAUAGGGAAUUUCUUAGCACGAUCAGGAGGGUUUAUCAGGAUGAAAUACAUGUCCGUGUUUUCGGAGAAUGCAACUGUCCACGAA